CGAAAAAUCGAACAAAAUUAAAUAAAUGUGCGAUAAUAGUAAUAUGAUUUUCGAGAAUUCUUCGUCUAGAAGCGAAGUAUAUAUCAGUUCAAGCUCUAUAUAAACCAAACACCCCACUCUAAUUAUCCAUCCUCAAAUCUCAAUAAUAUAAAAAUAAAUAAAUAAAUAUCAAAACCAAAAAGACCAUGGAUGCCCCUGGAUAUCAAGAAAUGUCCUACACCGAUCAUGUUCGAAGAAGACACGAGGAGAAAGGAUGCCUCUAUGCAUGUUUAUUCACGAUGUGUUGCUGUUUCUGUUGUUUCGAGACUUGUGAGUGCUGUUUGGACAUUUGCUGCUGCAACUGUGCUUAAACUUCUUGCCAAGAAAUCUCGAUUUCUUUUUUGUUUUUUGCAAAGAAUAACGAGACUGAGCUUAACUUUGAUAUAUACGAUUGAUAUAUAUGUUAAGAAAUGCCUUGUAUUUAAUUUGAAGUGCCUAGUAUUGUUGUAGUAACGAUUUCUUGAAAUCAUCUGAAUU